GAUCCUAUAUAAUCGUACAAUGGUACAGUUAUGUCUGUGUUCAUUCAGACAAGGGAUGACCAAGGAUGCUCACAAUGCACUGGUAGAUAUCCAAAGUGGAGGUCGAGCUAAGGAACUACUCGCACAGGGUCUGCUACUACAGCGCCAGCACGAGCGUAUCCCCGAACAGGAAAAGAUAGAGAAAAGACGUUUACUACCGUACCAUAUGCACAUUAAUCUAGAACUUCUAGAAUGUGUGUAUCUUGUGUCAGCCAUGUUGAUGGAAAUACCUUAUAUGGCAGCCUAUGAGAUGGAUGCUAGACGUAGAAUGAUAAGUAAGAAUUUCCAUCAUGUGUUACGUAUGAGCGAGCGUCAGACACUGACCGGACCACCGGAGAGCAUGAGAGAACAUAUUGUAGCCGCGUCUAAAGCCAUGAAGACUGGCGACUGGAAAGCUUGUAAAAACUUUAUCAUCAAUGAUAAAAUGAAUUCUAAGGUGUGGGAUUUGUUUCAAAACAAUGAUGAGGUGCGGGACAUGAUUGUAUGUAAGAUACAGGAGGAGAGUUUGCGGACGUACUUGUUCACGUACAGCAGUGUAUAUGAUACCCUCAGUCUGGUCACUCUAGCUGAUAUGUUCGAGCUAGACGUUUAUAAAGUGCACUCUAUCAUUAGUAAAAUGAUCAUCAAUGAAGAAUUAAUGGUACAUGUGAUGGCUCUACGCUGCUCAAGUACAAAAAGAGCAUUGGACAGAUCUGAGAUAAUUAAAUGUUCGAUUCACAUGAGCUGA